AUGAGCCAGUACACUCCUGAGACGACGGGCGAGCAGGUCGCGGCCGACUGCCAAGCGCAAAUCAAGAACAAGACCGUUCUCAUCACCGGAGCGAGCCCUGGUGGUCUCGGUGCCAACUUUGCCAAGGUCAUUGCAAAGCAUGAGCCGGCUUCAAUCCUACUUGCCACCCGCGACCUCAGCAAAGCUGAAAUCACCGCCAAGGAGAUCUCCGAGCUCUCCCCCAAGGUUCGCGUCCGUUCCAUCAAGCUGGACUUGACGUCUCUCAAGCAGGUUCGCGCGGCCGCCGAUGAGAUCAAUUCGCUCAACGAGAAGAUUGAUGUCAUUGUCAAUAACGCAGGAAUCAUGGGCCCGGCACACUCGAAGACGGUCGACGGCAUCGAGAGCCAAUUUGGCACCAACCACAUUGGUCCAUUUCUCUUUACCAACCUCCUCUUAUCCAAGCAGCUGGGUGCGAGCUCGUCAGGCAAGCUGAGGAUAGUCAAUAUUUCUAGCAAUGGAUACCGACUGAGCCCGAUCCGCUUUGAAGAUUGGAACUUUGAUGACGGUAAAACCUAUAAUCGCUGGGCUGCCUAUGGCCAGUCCAAGACAGCCAACAUGCUCUUCUCUCGUUCGCUGGCCCAGAAACUGGGAAGCCGGGGUGUGACCUCUGUGAGCGUGCACCCGGGCAUCUCCCAGACGCCGCUCAGCAAGGAUCUCACGAUGGAGGAUUUCAUGGAGAUUGGCCCUAUCGAUCGAACCCAAGGCCAUGCCUCACACUGGGGCCACAACGUCCAGUACAAGACGCCGUCUCAAGCGGUUGCAACCCACCCUGGAUGCACCUGGUUUGUCUCCCACUCGGCUGAUCGACUUCACUGCCUUGAUAACAACGUGCUGACAGCUUCUUUUUUAGAGUACAAUGGAGCAUAUGUUGCCGAAAGCAAGCCCCAAAGUGAUAAAACUGUUCACUGCUGGGGAAGGGAUGCUAUUGACGCUGAGCGCCUUUGGGCUCUGAGCGAAGGUAUCAUUGACCAAAAGUUUGACUACUAA